AUGGCAGCUUCGCGACCUCUGCAAUCGCAGACCUCGUCGUCCCAGAACCACACCCCCCCAGGAGCUGCUCCGACAGGCCACAACCAAUCUCACACUCUGACCGAAUACAAAAUGGACAGCCCGGAGCCGCACCGACCUGCGACCCCAGAAAAGAAUGGCAGGUCCUCCUUCUCAUCCAUCCGCGAAAACGACUCGGACCUAGCCCAGACCUUCACCUCCUCCAAGGUCUCUUCCUACGCCGAGAAAAUAACCUCUGCCGUCUUCGAAGACUCCCCCUCGCCUGUUGCCUCUCCUUCCCUCGAGAUGGGCGAAGUCCAGUUCAUGCCACCCGUCACCCUGCCCAGCAGCAGGCUUCAUGGCGGCUGGUACCCGGCCUCCAGCUUCAAAGGCUGGAAGCAAAUCAACGUCAGGGGCAAGACGGCGAGCAGGAGCUUCAGCGACCUCCAGGCCUUGCACCUGGCAUGGAGCACUCCCUCGCCGUCUCCCAAGAGCAAGAACGAGCGCGGCAACGGCCGUGCGCCCAUGGAGAGUCUCCCCCUCGAGAUACUCGGAUCUAUUAUCGAGCUGCUGGUUCUCGACAUCCCCCCGCCGUACGGCACCGCGCGCCGCAACGUCGACCUGAUGUCUCUCCUGCUUACCUCCAGGACGAUCCAUGCCGCGACCCUGAACACCCUGUACAAGCACAUCACCAUCCCUCACUCGAGGAUCUUCCGCAAGUUUCUUUCCAACAUCACGACGCACCCCGCCUUGGGCACCAUCGUGCGGCGCAUCGACUUCAGCCACUUCAACAACGCGACCCUGUUCGCGUCCGUCAGCGAGCGCAAGGGCACCCGGAACCUGACGGCCGAGACGUUGGUGCAGUGCUUGGAGCUGACGCCGCACCUCCAAGAGUUCCUGGCCAUGGAGCAUAUCGACGACGACCUCGGCGUCGAGGUGCUGCAGAAGCUCUUCUUCGACAUGCCCCGGCUGCGGGCGUUGGACUUUGCCGGGUGCACGUCGCUCGUGUUCAAGAACGCCUUCACGUCCCUCGUGGCCAUGGACUGGCCCGAGAUGCUCUCCAUCACGCGCCUGUCGUUCCACAAGUGCCUGACGCUGCCUUCGGCGCUGUUCGAGGAGAUGCUGCCGCGCCUGGCCGGCGUCACGCACCUGGACCUUGCCCAGACCAAGAUCACGGACCGAGCGUUGCAGUCCAUCCCGAAGACGGCCAAGAUCACGCACUUGAACAUUGCCAAGUGCACGCUGCUCACGGCGCCCAACGUCAUCAACUUCCUCGCCACUCACCCGGCGGUCAGGAACCUGGUCUACUUGAGCGUGGCCACGGACGCUCGGAGCCACCAGCUCUUGGAUGCGGAUGACGUCUCGCAGCUCAUCCCCGUGCUGCCCAAGACGCUCAAGUCGCUGAGCCUGAAGGGCAGCCGCAUGGACGAGGAGCACAUUGCGCUUCUGCGGCCCUUGACAAAGUUCCUCGACGAGCUUGCCGUCGGGCGUGGCCUGGAUGUCAAUGCCGCCGCCAAGCUGCUCGAGCCGGCCGACGAGAAGAAGGGGGAGGAGGAGCAGGCGGAGGAGCCCCACACGUUGCGGUACCUCGACCUGUCGGACCUCUGGGGCAACGAGCUGGACAUUGUCGAUCUCUUCUCGAGCCGAAACUCGCUGCUGAGGCCGAGCUCGAUGCCACUCGAGGUGGUGGAGAUCUCGGAGCAGUCAUUCAAGAGCCUGUCUCGGAACAGGGCGCUGGAGCGCAUCGGCUGGUCCCUGCAGGAGAUCGGAAGCCGAUGCUGGAUGGUCCGACUACAGGACCACAGCAAGGGCCAGGACCGCGGCUACCGAUGGUGGAAGAUGGGCGCCGACAACUGGGGAAUGCGCAAGAUCCCUGUUGCGCGCGCCGAGGUCGGCGGCAUGUACGGGUCCUUUAUGUUUGGGCGCAAGCUUUGA